CCCCCCCCGCCCCGCAUGGUCGAUCGGGCCGCCGCGCCGGCGGAGACGGCGAGCUGCGACCCGACGCCGGAGCCCGACGCGCCGCCCCGCCAGUCCGGUGCCGCCGAUGAGCAGGAGGACGCUCCGGCGGGGGCGGCCGCCGGGCCCCCGCCUCCUCCGCAGCAGGCCGGCGACGCUGACGAGGGGGAGGACGUUUCGGGUUCGCCGGCGGGCCCCCCGGCUGAGCGUUGCGGGGCGAUGAUGGAGGUGGUGGGGAAGGACGGCGGCGGGGGCAAGUGGAAGGUGUCCAAGCUGGUGGUGGAGCACAACCACGAGCUGCAGGUCGCCCCCGGCGAGGUCGCGGCGACCGUGCCGGCGCUCGGGAUGGAGUUCGACUCCGUGGACGCCGCCAAGGAAUUCUACUACGGAUACGGCGAGCGGGUGGGGUUCAAGGCGUGUACGGGCUCUAACCGCCGCUCGGUGGGCAAUGGCGAGAAGAUCAUGCAGCGUUUCCAGUGCUGGAGGGGCAAUUACUCUAGCAGGAGGGGUAAAGGGAAGGAUUCGGAUGAGGGGAAGGAAGCAGAGGAGAUGGUGGAGGCUGCUGCUGCAGCUGCUGCCGCUGCCAGGAAGAGGAAGAGGGAGCCUUAUAAGACGAGGAGCCGCAACCGCAAUGCUGGGAAGAAGGAUGCUGAAGUCGUUGAGGUGAAGGGUGUUGGGGUGGGAGGUCCUGAGAAUGGGCUAGAGGUGCAGAAUGGGAGGGGUUCCAGGAGGGGUAGGAGUAAGAAGGGUAUGGUGGAGCAGGAUGGGAAGUCUGUUGCUGGGUUGGAGGUGGAGAAGGAUGGGGUACAAGAUGCUGCUGCUGAUUCUAACGAUGAGGAAUUGGAGGAUGAUGGGAAGGAUCAGGAGGGAGUGGAAGAGGAUGUCCAGGUGGAAGUGAAGAGAGGGAGGGGGAGGCCCAGGAAGGCUGUUACGGAGGAUGACGCCCUGCAGGCACAUGUGUUGAGGGAGCUCGGUGUGAGGGCGUCGCAGUACAAUCACGAGGAGAGGAAGAAGAUAAUCAGCAAGUACCUCUCGAAGCGACAGAGCAGACCUGCCUCAAACAGGCCUACCAAGAUUGCCUCACGACAAGCUUUGGCUGAGAGGCGUAAGCGCGGCAAUGGAGGUAGAUUCCUGUCAAGUGAAGCACAGCUGCCUUCACGGCAGCCUUCAGAAAGACGCGCCAAACGUCUUGAGAAGCAAAAUCUCAAAAUGGAAGAGAAGGCAGAGGGCAAGGAAGAUGACAUAAUUGAAGCAGAACCAGAUCCAGAAAACGAAGUAGUUGCUGGACCUGGAGGAGAACUGAAGAUAGGUAUGGUUUUCCUGAAUGAGGAUAAGGCCUAUGAAUUCUAUGUCAACUAUGCUGAAGCUGAAGGAUUCAGUGUCCGAAAAGGCUUUUUGGACAAAACUGCGAAGAAUGUUAAAAAAUCUCGAGCAUAUGUUUGUUCCAAGGAGGGAUUUCGUCCGAAAAAUAUUUCUGCUGAAUCAAAGAAGCCACGACCAGAAACAAGAACCGGUUGCCAGGCACACAUGACUAUUAAAAUUACAGCAAGUGGAAAAUAUGUAGUGACUGAAUUUGUGUCUGAUCAUAAUCAUGAUCGUGAAGCUCCUUUGGUGGACAUUCAGAUUUUAAAGUCACAAAAACUGUUAGCAAAGGUACAACAGCCUCCUGAUCCACCAAAAGUUGUUUUGAUUCCAAAUGAGUAUAAAAAUUACACAAGGACAAAAUGCAUAAAAGAUAUGCAAUUAGGUGAUGCCCAGGCCAUCAGUGAAUAUUUACGAAGGAUGAAAGGCGAGAAUCCUUCUUUCUUUUAUGCCAUUCAAGUGGAUGAAGAUGACCAAUUCACAAAUGUAUUCUGGGCUGACAUUAAAUCAAUAAUGGAUUAUAAUUACUUCGGCGAUGUAGUGUGUAUCGACACAAGAUAUUGCACAAUUGAUUAUGGGAGACCUCUACUGUUGUUUAUUGGUGUUAACCAUCAUAAGCAGCCAAUAAUAUUCGGUACAGCAUUGAUUUAUGAUGACUCAGUUCAAUCCUUUAGAUGGUUGUUAGAGACCUUCAAAUCAGCUAUGAGUGGAAAACAGCCAAAAACAGUUUUGACUGAUCAGUCUACAUCACUUAUCGAUGCAAUUUCUACUGUUUGGCCUGGGACCACUCAUCGCUUCUCACUGUUGCAUCUAUUUCUGACUGCUAGCAAUGUAUUAAGGGAUAACUUCCAAGAUUCAGAAACUUUUGCACUUGAUUUUAGUAGGUGGCUGUAUGACUAUGAGGAGGAAGACUUCAUUUCAAGCUGGGAAAUCCUUUCGGAGAAGUACAAUUUAAAGGAUAGUGAGUGGUUAAGUAAAUUGUACGAUGAUAGAGAAAGAUGGGCUUUGCCAUAUGGGCGUGAUACAUUUUGUGCAGAUAUUGCAGCCACAUUAAGAAGUGAUAACACAGAUACUAUCCUGAAAGAUCUCCUUAAAUCAGAAGUAGAUCUCCGAACCUUCUUCAACAGUUAUGAUAAAUUUUUGGUGGAAAAACGUCUAGCUGAACAACAAGCUGACUACCUUGGGGCUCAAAUGACACAAAGGGUAGCACCACUGCGGUUGCUUUGGCAAGUUGCUAAUUCAUAUACUCCAUCACUUUUUGAGAUGUUCAGGAUGGAAUUUGAACAGAUCUCGAACUGCAUAGUCUAUAGCUGUGGUGAGAUUGGACCGAUAUCUGAGUACCAGGUUACUGUCAAAGACAGGCCUCGGAGUCAGUUUGUUAGGUUUGAUUUGACAGAAUGUAUGGCUGUUUGUAGUUGUAAGAAGUUUGAAUUCACAGGCCUUCCAUGUUGUCAUGUAUUGAAAAUUCUUGAACUGAGAAAUAUCAAAGAACUUCCACCGCACUAUAUCCUGAAAAGAUGGAGAAAAGAUGCUCAAAGCGAAGCUCCUGGAGAGAGCUAUGGCUAUGCAGCCAUAGAUGAAGAUCCCAGGUUUUCAUUGUCAAGGCGGUACAAUACAUUGUGCCGAACUUUAUACAAAAUUGCAGCAAAAGCUUCUGAAAGCUUUGAAGCUUAUGCAUUCGUGGAGAACCAAUAUGAACAGCUUGUGGAACAAGUGGAGGUACUUUUGCAAGCAAAGUUGCAUGAUAAAUCUUCUUUAAGUGCUAUCCUGAAAGGCCAUCAGCCACAUCUGCUUCAGAGUGAAGUCAGCAACAGUGAACCUCGCAGGGUAACGGCUAAGAAAAAUAAAAAUGUAGAGCCGCGUCGCCAGCAACAAAGUCCUCUAGAUUCAAAUAAGAAGAAAAAGGCUAGACAAGGUCUAUUGGAGCCUGAGGAAAUUGAUAUCCCACUCAGGAUUGUUCCUCCCACAGUAUCAAACGAUAUUCCAAAUCAUUUAAGAACUCCAACCAGUCAAUUUCUUGCACCAAGCCAUAUAAUGCAGGCACCGUAUGUUGCCCAGCAGUUUGGUCUUGGUUCUCUCCAGGGAUUCCCAGGCAUGUCACCAUUUGGGCAGCUUCAAGAACCAGCACCACUUCAUCAACCUUCUCAUCUGCAACCACCACCCUUUCAUAAUGGUCCUCAAAUCCCCCAGGCUCCACCUCCAGACAUACAAUCACUCCAGUUCCUUAGCAGCAACCCUCAACUGGGGCACCAGACUACGGAUCAAGGCCAGUACACCAUUCCAGUCUGGGAUUUCCUGUGAUGUAUAAUAUGUGGCAUAUGCCAACGUAGCAGUGUAUUUGUAAAUUAUGUAGUAGGCUAGUAGCCAAUAAUGUAGAAACAGCUCUGGGUUGCUCAACAUGUUUAUGUCAAUGAAAUCGUUGAGCAUGGUAAAAUUCGAAUGGUAAAACUCUGGGUUGGCGCAACUGAGCACAAAAUGAAGCCAAUCAAAGAUCUAGGCCAUGGCAUUUGUCGUGUCUUUA